CCAUGAACGCCUCCCAUGCUCAACCAAAAUGGAGCCCCACAAUGACAAAAUACAGAGGAUCCAUCCGUCCGUCCAUCCAUCCACCUGAUUUCCAACCCUACACCAAACUUUGCAGGUCCCGUGUCCUCAUCACCCAACCCGGCCCAUCAUCACAAUCCCAUCUUCCCUCCACCAUUAACCAAUCUUCUUCCUCGCCUCACCUUCAAGCAUCAUACAUCGGUGCCCGCCUAUAAACCUCUCCACCACAACAUCGAGAAGAACCGGGGAGAUCGAGCAGCUUUCUUGGUCUCUCUGCCCGCGCGCCCAUCCUUCAUGUCGAGCUCCGUGCACGUCCGCAAGGCCCUCCACCUCGUCUCCAUGAAGGCCAAGCUGCAGAGCUUCGUCGGCCUCCGCCUCAUCCUCGUCGCCGCACUCGCCGGCUUCCUCGUCCUCUUCUCCGCCCGCACGCUCUUCUCCCCAUCCACCUCUACCACCUCGCAUCUACGCGGCGGCGGCGGGGGCGAUGGGACGUCCUGCUCGAAGCUGCCGUCCCCGAUCGCGGCCGCGCUGGUGCACUACGCCACGUCGAACGUGACGCCGCAGCAGACGGCGGCGGAGAUCGGGGUGUCGCUGCGGGUGCUGCAGAGCCGCUCGCCCUGCAACUUCCUCGUCUUCGGCCUGGGCCACGACAGCCCCAUGUGGGCGGCUCUCAACCACGGCGGCCGCACCGUGUUCCUCGAGGAGGACGCCACCUGGAUCGCCUCCGUCCGCUCCAAGCACCCGGGCCUCGAGUCCUACCACGUCACCUACGCCACCCGCCUCACCGAGGCCGACGAGCUCAUCGCGCUGCGGGACCACCCGGGGUGCACCGCGCAGCCCGACCUCGCCGCCGCCACCGAGGCCGACUGCCGCCUCGCGCUCCGCGGCCUCCCCGCCGCCUUCCACGAGACCGAGUGGGACCUCAUCAUGGUGGACGCGCCCACGGGGUGGACGCCCGAGGCGCCAGGGAGGAUGGGCGCCAUCUACACCGCCGGCAUGGCGGCCCGCGCGCGGCGGCCAGGCGACGGCGCCACGGACGUGUUCGUGCACGACGUGGACAGGACCGUGGAGGACACCUUCUCCAAGGCCUUCCUCUGCGACGCAUACCUCACCGAGCAGGUCGGCAGGAUCAGGCACUUCGUCAUCCCCAGCCACAGGGAGAAGCCCGGCACGCCAUUCUGCCCUCUGAACUAAUCACUACCAGUUACCCCAUUUCGACCUCCGAUAUCGAUCCGGUGUAGUAGUAUGUACGGCUGCACUCACCAUGAUCAGAAAAUACCCCAACACUACACAGCUGUGCAUACUGAAUACUACACCGUGCCAUUCAUUGGAGGCAA